UCCACGACAUUAUCCCGAUUUUUAAUAUGUUUUGAGUCAAAGAAUUCGGUAAUUAUUGAAGAGUGAAGCCUACGGAAGCUGCCUUUUUCUAAUAAAACUAUUAUGUUUUCCUUAUGGAAGUUAGUUUCACCCACGUAUGCCAUUGGCUCAGACCAUUGCAAUCAAAGCUUUGCACUUCUGAUCAAAAAUUAGACUGUACGUGGGAAUUCCACAGAUGCCUGGGAAGACUCCUACAUCUGCUGCAGCUGCAGGUUUUACCUACUUCAGAUUUUGUGCUAUAUGCAAACUCCCUUUCUGAGUCCUAGAAUCUGGUGCUUGUUUUGCUGCUUGAUUUCGGAUUAAACAUUCACAGGCAAGAUGAAUUGGUGUUUCAAAGUAAAGAAGAGAUCAAAUGAUGAGACAUUUUUCAUGGAGAAUGGGGCAAUGUUACUAGAGGAACUUAUUGCCUUCUGUAAUGGCAAAUCUAACCCUAUUCAAAACUUCUCUGCAGAAGAGCUGAAGAUAGCAACCAAUAACUACGGUGAAGGUCGAUGCUUUCUGCGUAGUCAUGACAACUUUAAUUCAAUUGUAGAUUACUCUGAAACAGUCCUCCAAAUGUUAACAGAAACCUAUCCUGAACGAACAUGGGGUGCUGACUAUUACAACUUGUAUGAAGGCUAUUUAAAAGAUCGGCCAGUUUCUGUGAAGAAGUACAUUAGCAUUGAUGUUUUGAGUAAGAUUUUCAAAGACAUUGCCAUUGGAUCUCAAAUGAGUGCUCACAAGAAUGUUUUAAAGCUUUUGGGAUGUUGCUUAGAGACCAAAUAUCCUAUUAUAGUGUAUGAAUUUGUAGGCACAAGAAUCUUAUCUGAUUUUCUCUGUGAUGCUAAUGGAGCACAAUGUCAGCCACUACCAUGGAGAUGCAGGUUGAAGAUUGCGGUCGAUUUAGCUAGUGCAGUUGAAUAUCUCCACACUGCCUUUUCCAAACCAGUGAUCCUUCAUCGGGACAUACGAUCCUCAAAUGUCAUAUUAGAUCAGGACAACGUUCCAAAACUGAUUGAUUUUGCACUAUCCAUAUCCAUUCCUGAAUGUCAAUUACAUGUAGAAGAGUUUGAAUCUAAGUAUCUUCUUACCCUUGAUGUUUUUAACUUUGGUGUGCUUCUACUACAGCUUUUAAGUGGAAAGAAAAAAUUAGAACACUUACCAUUUACCAUACGAAUGGAUAGCCUGGAGCACCUUGCUGAGAACAAUCAAUCCAGUGGUGUGAUUGAUGAUAGAAUAAUUGAAGAAGGAAUCGAGCAGCAGCAGUUGUUGGAUUUUGCAAGACUUGUCCGUAGAUGCUUCUCUGAAGAAACAGGUGAGAGGCCAACAAUGAUUGAAGUGGCCAGAGAGCUCAGACAAAUUUAUAAAUGUUUAGUAUCACCCUCUUAGCCUAGCCUCAGGCAGAUAUUUAUGCAGCUUCUAGUUUGUUUCAACUUUUUUGGAAAGUCAACAAGGCAUGAAAGAUUCUGCAGCGCUUUGUUUUAAAUGGCACGAACAUGAACCUGUCUUAAUCUGUUGUGAGCCUAAGAAUUAGGUAAUAAGCAUCUCUCCAACUAUUUCCCUUAAUUCAAAACACUAUCUGGUUGGGAUGAAGAAAGAAUUGAAUUUGUUAUGCCACUCUGAAUGGAUUUUUUGCCCCCCUUUUCUUAUGGCGGGGUGUUUUCUCUCUGUAUAUAUUUAACUAGGGAGGACAUCUAACAAAGAAUAAUU